AUGAAGAGAACACGUGACCGGCUUUAUCAAGGAUUAAUUCAACAAUUUAAUGAAGAUUUUAUUCAUCGAAAUACACACGAAGUUUAUUCUUUACCAAAUACAUUGAAUUUAUCUUUUCGUGGAAUUAACGCCAAACAAUUAGUUCAGCAAUUGAAUGAUCGAUUAGCUUUUUCAACUGGUAGUGCUUGUCAUGAAGAUACAAAACAUCAAUCAAUGUCAACAACACUUCAAGCGAUUGGUACGAUUUCUCUUCUAUUCGUUAUUAUCUUUAAUAUGAAUAAUUCUCUUUUAUUCAAAGGUUUAUCAUGGGAAUUAGCACGUGGUACAAUUCGAUUGAGUACUUCUUAUAUGACAACUGAUGAUGAAAUAGAUCAAGCGAUUGCUCUUCUUACAAAUGCAAUCAGACAACAACUAUCUUCUUUUACUAAUGGAAAUCAUUAA